ACUAGAGAAGAAAUCCGAGCGCCUGAGCUUCGCACUGCCACCAUAAAAUGCUGCGCGUAGUUGCUUGUCAGACAUCAAUCUCUACAUUUGGUGUUACCCGUACUACUGCUCUCCGCAACCGCCUAUUUUCCUGCUCUGCGCUGCUCCUCACAAAGCCGCCUACAUUCAUCCCAAAAUUCCAGGAUCAGAAAUACGGAGUAGGUAUACAGUAGGUAUGGCAUAGGUACGUCUGCUACGGAGUAGCCUUGCUAUACGAACAACUAUACCUACAAUAUAGGAGAGGUCCACAUUUUUGUGAUGUUACUACUGUUAGACGAUUUCUGACGAGUUCCCCCAUUUCCCCCGUUUCCUGUCACAUCAUGGCGGCCCGUCUCUCGCUUCAACAGCCAACAACUCCGCAAUCCGCGUACACACGUUUUGAGACUCUCGAUCUAUAUCCGUCUGCUGACGUCAACGAGCCGCAGCUCGCGCUAGACUUUUACGCGUCGGACGCGUUGUUUGCGCGGCAUUCUCGCCCGCCAGUGCGUCCUAGCUGCUCUGCGCAAGCUCUCCACGCGAUACCCAGUGCCGCUUCAUGCGGAAGUUCCGCCGCCCUUCGCUGCGGCGGGAACACGGCGCCGUCCGCCCGCCGCCGCGCCCUUUCCGCCUCCGAGUGCGGAAGAAUCUUGUCCCCCUCGCCUCCCCGCGCGAACAAACCCGCCACCUGCGCGUUCCGCCGCCGCCGCCACCAGCUCACGCUCUCGAAGUUAUCCCCCUCCAAAGUCGCGGCAACCCAGCGCUCGGGCUCAAAUCCUGGGAGCUCGUUCAACUUCUCUCCUGAAGAUGAUAAACGCGCGACGUCUCGAGUCUUCGCCAGGAGUAACGCUUAUUCCACCCCAGUGACUGUGGUCCGAAGCAGGCUGGCGAAUCAAGCAGAUCCAUACACGCAGAUGGUCGGAUCACAUGCGGAAGCGUCAUCAUCUCGGACAGAAUCCGAGCUACAUCAAGCAGAUCGUGCAAUGGCUGCUGCACAUCCAGCAAGGACACCAUCAUGCGAUGAAGAGAGUGCAGCCGCGAGAGGGUGCAUGCCAUUUCUUGUGCGGGGAAGGAGAGCCAUGAGAGGACGACAGCCGGGAAGCAGUGGGAGCAGGGGAAGCAGUGCGAGGCCCAGCAGUGCUCCUUCCUCUCCCCGUUCACCAGGGGCUUGCAGCAGCAGCAGCACCACCACCACCACAAGCGGCGACUGCUGUAGCAGGAGGGCUGCGACUGGGAAUUCCCAGCUUGUCAAGCCGUGCCUCACUGCGCCUUCUAGCACCACCACCACUACCAGUAACCCUGAAGAGGGCUCGCCCAGGAGGAGCCCGAGGCGGGUGAACUUUGUCAGAUAUGUUGAGGUUUUGGAGUAUGUUGCAUAGGCAGAUAGAAUUCUUCCCUUACCAUUAAGUGUACAUAUUUGCAAAAUCUGAAAUCCCCAACAUCU